GUGAACGAGCGUGGAAUCAUGUGGGACAACUGCCCCAGCCUGACCACCAUCAUCAUCCUCUUCAUGAACAAUCAACAACCAGAACUCUCUCUCUCUCUCUCUCUCUCUUCAAUGGAUGGAAUGCCCUCACAAAUCCCAACGCCGUUCUUUCCCCCAUUCUUUUCUUCUUCCAUCAUCGCCUUCUUCUUCAUCUUCUAACACUUCCUCUUUUGCCCCGUCAUCAUGGGAUUCCGUUCCGAACUUUCUCCGUCAGAUCACCUACCACCUCCUCCACCAAGCGGCCAUGACUCCGACCACCAUCGCGGCCACCACCAUGGGCUCUCUUAUACUGACUUCAUCCUCAUCAUCACUAUCCCCACCUUUUUCAUCUGUUUGAUGAUUGGGAUCUUCGUCUUUUUUGUAUGCUUCUUCAGAGCCUCUAAAAGUGAAAAGAGCAGCAGCAACAAUGGCAACAUCAACAAAGGAAAAAUUGAGAAAAAGCUCACUGAGCUGGGUGCUUCUGGCUCCACUUGGUCUAUCAAUUCCAGUCCAGAUGCAAGGAACUGCUUGUAUGGAGAUGUGAGUAGGUCGAGUUCAACUAAAUUUAGAGGAGGUCAAGUUUUCACAUUCAGGCAGCUGGCGUUGGCCACCGAUAAAUUUAGCCAAGGGAAUGUAAUUGGUAAUGGAGGAUUUGGGGUGGUCUACCGGGGGGUUCUGGCAGAUGGUACAGUGGCCGCAGUUAAGAGGCUGAAUGGUGAAGGAAAGCAUGGUGAGAGAGACUUCAGAAUGGAGGUUGAUCUGUUGAGUCGUUUGCACUCUCCGUAUGUGGUACAGCUGCUGGGCUACUGUGCCGACCAGCAGCAUCGGCUCCUCGUAUUUGAAUUCAUGACCAAUGGCAACCUUGAGGAACACCUCUAUUCAAACGGCCAAGAGGGGAGUCCACCGCUUUUAGAUUGGGAAACCAGGAUGAGAAUUGCCCUCGACUGUGCUAAGGGACUGGAGUACCUGCAUGAGCAUAUGACGCCAGUGGUGAUCCACAGGGACUUCAAGAGCAGCAAUGUCCUUCUUGAUGGUGAUUACAGGGCUAAGGUCUCUGACUUCGGGCUUGCCAAGACAGGAUCGGACAAAAUAAACGGUUUGAUCUCCACGCGCGUGCUUGGUACCACUGGAUAUGUUGCACCUGAGUAUGCUUCGACAGGCAAGCUGACGACAAAGUCAGACGUCUACAGUUUUGGAGUUGUACUGCUUGAGCUCAUAACAGGAAGGGUUCCGAUUGACGCAAAAAGGGCGCCUGGGGAGCAGUCUCUGGUCUCAUGGGCAUUACCAAGAUUGACUAGCAGAGAUAAAGUUGCUCAAAUGGUGGACCCAGCGCUAGAAGGGCAGUAUUCGAUCAAAGAACUCAUACAGGUAGCUGCCAUUGCCGCCAUGUGUGUACAACCAGAAGCAGAUUACAGGCCGCUAAUAACAGAUGUGGUGCAAAGCCUUGUACCUCUUGUGAAGCACAGAGCUACUGCUAGCAUCGCUAAAACCCCCAAACUUCACCAUCAAAUUAUCACCCUUAAAUCUUCAUCCAUUGAUAGUGGAAGCAGCGGAACUAGCAUCAACAGUCCAUGCUUGUGAAAGUACAAAUUCUAAUAGUGGAUCUUAUCCGUGGCCAAAUUGUAAAUUAUCACCCUUAAAUCUUCAUCCAUUGAUAGUGGAAGCAGCGGAACUAGCAUCAACAGUCCAUGCUUGUGAAAGUACAAAUUCUAAUAGUGGAUCUUAUCCAUGGCCAAAUUGUAUUUGUUUCA